AUUAUCUUCAAUAUUCAAUUCCUCACCAUCUAUACAUUUUUUAGGUUCACUGGCUUCCGUUUUCUGGGAGGAAUAAAGGAUGUCUGCAUAUUUAUUCAACAAAUUGUAUGCUUCUCUUACACAGUCUUUUUCUCUAUUGUUGCAACUGCAUAAAAAACCUUUCAAACCGAUAUCUAACCCAGGUUUUCGGUUGUUUUUACUUCGAUUGCUGUAUUUAUAUUUUGCUUUCUGCAUAUUAUCAUUUUGUAAAUAUUAUUUCUGAGUUUCAUAUAAAUUUAUUUCGGACAUCCCUCUGAAUUAUAGCAGGAAUAAGAAUUGAAAUGACAAAACUAUUUGUAUUGAUUAGCAUAGCAGUGUUACUUUGCAUUGUUGAAACAGGGCACUGUUGGAGAUUUUUCUACAAUGGUAGAGUUGUGGACAAAGACUAUCAGAACACAAAGUCUUGGAAUCUUCAAAGUUCUCCUAGCAAAUAUGAAAGAUGGUUCACUCAAAAAUUGGACCACUUCAACCCCAAUGAUGAAAGAACUUGGAAACAGAGAUACUAUGUGAAUGAUGAAUUUGUGAAUAAACAAAGAAACAUUGCUUUUCUCAUGAUUGGAGGAGAAGGGGAAGCUUCUGCUGACUGGAUGGAGAGUGGAGCUUGGAUCGACUAUGCCAAAGAAUUCAAACCUAUCUGCUUCCAAUUGGAGCAUAGAUACUAUGGAAAAAGUCAUCCUACAGAAGAUCUUCGUACAAAAAAUUUGAAGUUCUUGUCUAGCCAACAAGCCCUUGUUGACGUGGCAUAUUUCAUAGAAAAUAUGAACAUACAGUAUGAACUGUCUCCAGAUGUCAAGUGGAUAGCAUUCGGAGGAUCUUAUCCUGGAUCUCUGGCAGCUUGGUUGAGGCAAAAAUAUCCUCAUUUAGUUCACGGCGCUAUGUCAGCUAGUGGGCCUCUAUUGGCAGAAUUGAAUUUUGAUCAAUACUUCAAAGUCGUUGAAGAUGAUUUGAGACUAUACAGUGACGAUUGUUUGAAUGCGGUUCAGGAGGGCACAAUUCAGGUAAACACCCUUCUGAAACAUAAGCUCGGUCAGAGGAAUUUGGACACCCUCUUCAAAUUAUGUGAUCCCAUUGGCAGAAAUGUUGAAAAUUCACUGGAUAUUUCUAACUUCUUCUCCACUCUUGCUGGAAACUUCGCUGGUAUAGCUCAGUAUAACAAAGACAACAGAAAAUCCAAUAGGCAGCACAAUGUCACUCUAGAUGUGUUGUGUAAUAUAAUGGUGAAUCAAUCUAUUGGUCCUCAGAUUACAAGAUUGAGUGCUGUAAACAAUCUUAUACUGAGUAUAACAAAUCAGGAGUGCCUGGAUUAUAAGUAUGAUAAGAUGAUUUCGGAAUUGAGGAACAUCAGCUGGGACAGUAUUACAUCUGAAGGGGGUAGGCAAUGGACAUAUCAGACCUGCACUGAAUUUGGAUUUUAUCAAACUUCUGAUUAUAAGCCACAAAUAUUUGGAGAUAAGUUCCCUCUAGACUUCUCGGUUCAGCAAUGUACAGACAUCUUUGGUCCCAGAUACAACCUCACGUUUUUACAAGACGCUGUAGAAAGAACAAAUAUUAUGUAUGGCGCGUUGAAUAUAGAUGUUACGAAUGUUGUUUUCGUACAUGGAUCUGUGGAUCCUUGGCAUGCCUUGGGAAUCACGAAAACACUAGAGAACAGAGCUCCAGCUAUCUACAUUGAAGGUGGUGCACAUUGUUCUAAUAUGUAUCCCAAGUCAGAAAACGAUACCCCACAAUUGCGAGCUGCUAGAGUUCAAAUUCAGCAGCUAAUUGGAUCGUGGUUAGAUUUGUAAGAUAAAAGUAUUUGUUAAUUUCCAUUGUAGGGUUCCUUUUUUUUCUACAUUGGAGUUUCAUAAGAAAGGACAAUAAAUCCAUGGCAUAGAGUACAUAUUGUGAUCAGUUGUUAUAGAGAAUUUAUUAAAUAUUAUUUUCGAAACAUA